GAGAGUAGGGAGGACUCUGCUUCUGCCGCCUACAUGAAAGCCAGGAGCCCACCACUCAGAAGCCAGCUGUGCCCACUUGGGAUCCUGUUGCUGGCCUUCAUUUCUCUGCUCAGCUGCCUGCUUGUCCCCAGUGAGGCCAAGGUCUACAGUCGCUGUGAGAUGGCCAGAGUUCUCAAGGAGUUUGGUCUAGAUGGCUACCGGGGCUAUGGACUGGCUGACUGGAUCUGCCUUGCUUACUUCUCCAGUGGCUUCAACACUGCUGCUGUGGACCAUGAAGCUGAUGGUAGCACUAACAAUGGCAUCUUCCAGAUCAGCAGCCGGAAGUGGUGCAAAAACCUCGCCCAGAACGCCCCUAACUUAUGCCGCAUGUACUGCUCUGACUUGUUGAACUCUAAUCUCAAGGACACGGUUAUCUGUGCCAUGAAGAUAGCCCAAGAGCCCCAGGGUCUGGGUUCCUGGGAGGCCUGGAGACAUCACUGCCAGGGCAAGGACAUCCAUGACUGGGUAGAUGGCUGUGACUUCUAG